CGGAGGCGAGGAGGGGGGGCGGUGCUGAGGCGGGCGUGAGGGGCAACAUGGCGGCGCCGGGGUCGCUGAGGAGAUGGUGGAGGUUGGCGCUGAGCACCCGGAUGAGCUGCUGUCCCGCUCCCCUGUGCCGAGGACGAGCGCUGCCCGCGCCCCCGCCGGGCUCUGCCUGCGCGGUGGGCCGCCCGCUGCGGUGGGCAUCGUCCUUCUCCCAGCCAGGCCCGACGGAGAGCGACCCCAGUGAAGGACAGGUCUUCCUCAGCGAGAGCUGCGUCAAGAGGCUGCUGGAGAUCACAGAAGGUUCAGAGUUUCUCAGGCUGCAGGUGGAAGGAGGUGGCUGCUCUGGAUUCCAGUACAAGUUUUCCUUGGACACAGUUAUCAAUCCCGAUGACAGGGUGUUUGAACAAGGUGGCGCCCGUGUGGUCGUGGAUGUGGACAGCUUCGCCUUUGUGAAAGGCUCCAUGGUGGACUUCAGCCAGGAGCUGAUUCGCAGCUCUUUCCAGGUGGUGAGCAACCCCCAGGCAGAGAAGGGUUGCUCAUGUGGGACUUCUUUCUCAGUCAAGUUCUGACUGGACUUCCUGUGGAUGGAUGCUGUCUGCAGACCCUUCAUGGCAGUCUUUAGAGGGUUUUUGCUUGUUCUUUUCCCAGCUGCUCCCUCUCAUCUCCCUCACACAGUAACACAGCUGUUACACAUGACUCCAGCUGUG